AUGUUGACAAAAUACCCUGACGAUCCACCACCCAAAUAUGAAGCGCACGAUUCGUCACCGGCUCUAGCCCUGAGGCCAAAUUAUUUGGACUUGCAACAAAACGGCAACACUAAUUUCUUCAACAACAACACUCGUAACAUCAACAACAACACACGCAACAUCAUCAACAACACACGCAUCAACAACAACAACAAUUUUCAAAGUUUUUUACCUCUCAGCAACAGCUCAAAUGAACUUUCGACGAUCCACAACAACAACGACGCCAAAUUUUUUAUUUUCGAUCGGAACCAGAUUUUUUCUCAGGAAUAUUUGCGACAACAAUUUCAACAACAUCACCCAAACAACAAAAACGACAGCAACAACAAACUACAUCAACAACAACAACAAAUUUUAACGGAAAAACAACGAUUAUUCCUACAGCAGUACAACCAAAAUCCAUCAUCUCACAACUUAGUAGUGCCGACAACAACACCAACAACACACGCCAAACAACAUCCAAAAAUGCCCAACAGCCACAGCAAUAGCAGCAACAUCUUACAUUUGCAACAGCAACAACAACAACAAAAUCGCAACAUUUUUUCUCCAACUCAAACGCCGAGAGCCCAGCGAUAUUUCGCCAGUCCACUCAGUCCAAACCUCUUACUUCCAGAUUUUACAACCCCACAACAGCCGAGAAAAAAAUCGCAACAAUUUCGACAACAAAAAAUUCGCAACAACAACAUCAACAACAACAUCAACAAAACCAGAGAACAACAUGACUUGCAACAAAGUUUAUUAUCGCCCAUAAGUUACAUGACGUCAGAUCCAUCAAAUUAUUCUGUGGCGACAAUGAUGACGACAUCUUAUAAGAGGUCGGAGACUGAUUCGAGUUUUGUUGAAUCAUAUGUUGACAACAAACACAACAACAACAACAACAAUAACAACAACAACAACAACAAACCUAGCAAAAACACCAACAAUAGUUUCUACAAAGCCAACUAUCAGCAACAACAGCAGCAGCAACAACAACAACAGCAAUGUUGCAAAUUCCCACAUUACGAGAAUCAACAUUUUAGGAACAUCUCGUCCACGUCAGCCAGGAUCAACAAACCACUUCCGCCAACUCCAACAUCGCAACAUUCCAACAACAACAAUAAUAAUAAUAAUAUCGCCACAAAAUCGCCACCAAAGAUAUCAAAAACAUCAACACCUAAAUCCCCAUUAUCAUCGCCGGAAAAAAAAUCAAAUAAACCAAAGACAACUUACUGCCGGAAACACGUGACUUUCUACGUUAAAGUUCUAUGGCUCUCAUUAUCGCUCAUAAUCACAUUAUCGUCCAUUUUUAGUUACGUGCAACAUAAUUGGUACGUAAACAAACACACUGGGGCCAGUUUAGGGAUGUUCGGGUAUUGCGUUUAUAGGGAUGUAACUCAUUCCCAGCCGCCCAUUUCUUUUGCUAAUGUCAACAAUAACAACAACGACAAGAACCACUAUGAUGAUGAUGACGUCAAUAUACAAAGAAAUGAAAAUGUUAUAUUUGGCAUGGUUGAUAACAAAGAAAAUGUUGUUGGCACCGAUGAUGGUGAUGAUGCAGCUGAUGAUAAUGACGUCAAAGUGGGUAAUAGUAAUGAUUACGCCGACGACGACGACGAUGAUGAUGAUGCUGAUGGCGGUGAUGAUGAUGAUGAUAGUGAAAUCGGAGAUGUUAUUUUCUUAACCGGCUGGCAAAAUGUUGACGAGUUGAGCGGAAACAACAACAACAACAACAGCAGCAGCAGCAAUAAUAGCAAUAAUAAUAAUAAUAAUAAUAACAACAAUAACAAUAACAGUGAUAAUGACAACGAUGAAGAAGAGGAUGAUGACGUAAUGACGAACAAAAGACACAGAAACCCCCUUUCCUCAAGAAGUAAACAGAAAAAUCAAAGAAAUAAUUUUAUAAAUAGUAACAACAACAACAAUAAUAAUAAUAACUUUAUAAAUAAUAAUAAUGAUAACAACAACAAAAACAACAACAACACGAAUUUUAGUAAAAAACAUAUCAACAAAAAACACCGAAAACAACGACAUAUACACAAAAAACAACAACAACAUCAACAACAACAUCAACAACAUCAACAACUACAACACCAACAGAAACAACAACAACAACCUCAACAACAACGAUAUUGCAACUAUUACGGCGACUCGCUCAACAUUCAAAAUCUCCCGUCGAACCUUUGGCGAAUCGGUUGCAUAUUAUUUGGUAUCGGUACCGGUUUGUUUGUAGUUGGUACGGUCUGUGCGGCCAUUAGUUAUACUCUGACCUGGGCGGUUUGUAUUGGAGGGAGAGUCCGGAAAAAUUUGGUAUUCGUUGUUGGAUACGUCCAAUUGCUGGGAGCAGUAGCCGCAGCUGUAAACAAUUGA